UUCUGUAGUAGGGUUGCCAGGGCAACGUAAUUCUACCCCACAAACAGUGUACAUGCCUAUUUUAGAUAGCAGGUCUUCUUCGUUGUUUGGAUUUGUUUUUUACGAGCGCACUAGCUGGAUUUAUGAUAUCGUCAAAUAUUUCUCUCCACCAUGCAGUUACCCAUUUAGAGUAACAAGAUUCGGAGCUAAUUCUCUUCUGAGAGCGUGUAGUCUGCCGGUGGUAAUUUUGUUUAACGCCAGUGUGAAAGGCGUCUUUUUAGAAACUGCAAACUAAUGGACAUGCUCCAGGAAAACUCUUUGCUUGUAGAUGAAGAGAUCCGCGGGAAAGUGCAGGACACAGAAUGGAACGCCUGCCAAACCCCAGACAGAAGACAUGCCGAUGCUCUUCUAAAUAUCAGCGAAGACAGUUUUGCAAAAGACGAGGAUGCAUACGAAUUGAGCAUUGAGUCGGGCUGGGAAGAAGCAAUCCAGGGCUGGGGUAGGUCACCCCCUCUUGCUUGCUUAUUUCAAAUUCAGAAGAAAAGCAGGAAGAGCAAAGCUGCUGACGGUGAUUACCACUGUCUGCUUUGCAUAGAUGUGAAGCACCUGAGGCAUGCUGAAUCCGAACAUUCUACUCAUUCACUGUUCGAUUCUGAAAGAAAUGGCAGCUCAGACCACCACCAUCAUUGCGAAGGAAGCAAAUCCCCUCUUGUACGUCUGAAGAGCCUCGCGAAACACCCUUCAAACGUGUCUCCUUCAGUCACAGAGCAUCACACCCUUAAAGAAACGAUGAAGCAAGCUUUGUGCGGCGAUGAAGCUUUUCUAGAAGCCAGUCGGCUCACACUUGUGGAAACAUUCCCCGAGUCAGCGAACACACACCACCUGGACAAUCAGUGUGCGAAAAUGCCCGAGAAGGACAGAAAUGUUUCAGCGAUUAUGAACAGCUUCAAUGUCUUGCCCCCUGUGAAAGCCCAGGGGGCCAGUGACCAGCAGGGUCCCACUCUGAGGGGAACUGAAGGUACCGAAAAUCAAAGCGCAGGACACAGUAUUUCAGAUGGACUGGGAUUGCAUGGCGUGCUUGGAACGGGGGAGAGGGCGGGUGUGGAGAAGAUCUGUGAAUUCAUACAAGCCGGCAUGGCCUCCGACGUUCCCGAGGCCCGCUGUGGAACUUUUCCCCUAGAGCAUCAGGGGUUGUCAGGCCUGCGCUGGUCACCACAACCCAGGAAACACUUACGGUUUGCUCUCGGCAUCCAGGACGCAAAGAAACGGGAUCCGCCGUUGAACAUUGCUGGGGACUUGUUUCCACGGACAGGAUACCGUUUGGUAAGAAACAUCAAAUACGAGGACCUCAGUAGGGUGAGUGUUAGGAACACUCACGGCCACAGACUGUACAUUGCGCUCAAGGCCAGGAGCAUAACUGAAACCGAUUCCCAGCUCCCUGCACUGUUAGGGACGAGAGUUCCAUUGCCAGCGUCUUCUCAUCGUCUACUGUGAAUGUUCGGCGGGUGAUGCGAUUCCUUCUGCCUGUCCAAAGUCUCCUGUGGAUUUGCUUGGAAAUACUUUACAUAACUACACUGAAAGGUUGGAGUCAAAUCCCCAAUAUGAUGCUGUAAUACAGUGAAUGUGCUGCGGAGGGCUCACUUUGCUCUGCUGUGGUUAAUUACUGUAGUAUUUAAAUGUCUGUGAGCGAUGACACAUCCAACGUACAAAUAGUUUUCAGCAGUAUUUAGGCUACGUUUACACCGCCUGGCAGAAGUGACCCAAUUCCAAUUUUCUUCCCUUGCGUGUGGCUCAGAACGGAUAAGUAUUAUGAACGUGUGAACAGGAAAAAAAAAAAGUACACGGAAUCGGAUAUUUUCAGAUCCUUUUUUGGGCCACAUUCAUAUGUGGGAAUAAAUCUGAAAUCUGCCAGUGCGACUCAUCUAAAUGCACCAUUUCCUGGGCAUUGUGAUUUGCAUAUCAUUCAGAGCACAAUGAUCUCAUACGUCUUUGCAUUUGAAUGACUUGUAACAUAUUACAUUACAUUACAGGCAUUUGCCAGACGCUCUUAUCCAGAGCGACGUACAACAAAGUAUAUAACCAUAACCAGGAACAAGUGUGUUGAAAACCAUAGAGGGAAGUACAGUACCAAGUGCAGGGAACGACCGCGUAGUUUAACUUGGAUUAUUAAUUAUGUCCACAACCACUUUCCGCUGGAAACGUUAAAUGUGAAAAGUAAAGUUAAAUGGGGGACGAAGGCUCAGGCCAGUGACCUUUUAAGCUUGUGGGGCGAAGAGUCGGUAUAGGCCAAAAUAGAUAUAGAACAGAUGUUUACUCAACUUGCUCAAGAAGAGCUUUUUAGAAAUAAACAAUGAAUGUUGUUAAAUUUCUCUGUUGUUGGCACUCGGUAGAGGACUGAAUUGCAUGUGUAUACUCGUGAAACAAACACUGCUGCUACAGGAGCCAAAGUUAUUGGCCGAGUUACAUUUAUGAUGGGUUACAUUCAUACUGAUUUUCCCCUACUGUGUAGGAGGGAAAAUGUGUAGGGCCUUCCUUGCAAUGUGAUACAGAAAAAUUAUGAAACGGCAUCAAGAAAUCCAAAUAAACGGUUCAGUAUUUGGGUAUCGUAUUAAAUAAAAGCUGAGAAAAUAUUGUUGUCAGAAAAGGAGUUUAAUGUCAUUACAUAUGAGUGUUAUGAGAUGUACUGGCUUUAAAGAAAUCUCAGCUGCCUACUGUGAAUGUGUUUUUGCAUAUUGUGAAAAUUAAUUGAAAAUACCCUAAAUAAACAUCUCCGUAUAACCAC